CGUCGGAAACCCCACGGCUGUCCCGUUUGCAAACAGAAAUUCACCACGAAACAGCAAUUGACCGCGCAUCUCUUCGUCCACCUGAGCCGCACGCGGAGGUGCGGCGGGGCUGGCGACACGGCUGCUACUUCUGCUUAAAACGGUUCAAAAUUCCAUCCCAUCUCAGUCGUCAUCUUCUGACCCACACGAGGGAAAAGGUGGGCGGAAGGUGUCACACUCGUCGAAAAAUGUUCUCCUCCAAACAAAACCUGACAAAUCAUCGGUUCGCCCACCUCUCCGAAGACGAGAAGGUCGCCCUCGUGAAGCAGGGGACGAGUCGAGCGUGCUUAUUUUGUCAGAAGAAAUUCCCCGACAACGGCGCUUAUCAUGCUCACCUGGUCUCCCACACGAAGGAGAAACCCUUCCCCUGCUACCAGUGUGGGGCGCUGUUCGGCAGUCACAAGAAGACCGUUCACGAGAAGCGGAAGGACUUCGCGUGCCCCGAGUGCGCCAAGAAGUUCGGGAGGAAGGGUGACAUGGUAGAGCAUGUGAAAAGUGAUCAUCUCAAAAGGAGGCACCCCUGCCCCCACUGCGGGAAGACGGAUGUUGGGAGGCAUUUGAGGAAGCUUCAUCCCCCUGAAGUCUGUCAUCUUUCGACUGACCCUUCGUGAAAUUAAGACAUAUUUCCACUCUAUUAUAUUUUUUAUUUUCCUGAGUUUAUGGUAUAAUUGAAUUGUUAAAUCGUGUAAACAUGACGCAAUAUUUGUUACCUUUUUGACCAUGGCGAUUUUUAUGAAGUAAAGUCAUUCUUUUUAUAAA